GGCUGCCCCGUCAGUCAGCGUGUCGCUGGUCAGUUGGUGCAACACGGGCCUAGAACGAGCUCCACUGGCUCUCCACAAUCCCUGCCCUGAUCCCCGAUUAAAUAUCAGUGUUUUUUGGUUUUUUAAUGUGCUGCUGUGCUGUUGUACUGUGACUUUUGUGAGUGAACAAAUUGGCAAUCUAAUCAGGGAUUGCAGAACAUGAUCCAUAACAAACAGACAAGGAAUCUUCUACUCGUAACUGUUGAAAAAUGCUAAGUGUCAGCGCUUUGAGCCUCGUCAGUCUUUUGGGUCUGGUCAGGGGCUACGGCUAUGGACCCCCGCAGCAGCCGCUGCUGAGGAACAUCAUCAAGGUGCGGGCCAGCGGCUUCAUGCCCUUCGAAUCAGAUUUCCUGCUGCCUCUGGGUAUCCUGCGGCAGCUGCAGGCAACCGAUCGCGCCUCGCGCUUCAUCGGCCAUCGGCCCAAGAGCAAGCCACAACCCAAGCCCAAAAAGCCACAGCAGGUGCGCCUGGAACGGGCUCAUCCUAGGGGUGGCAAGACCCAGCACCCCGGCACCCAGAUGUACAAUCUCAUCGACGAUGAUGGCGAGCUGCUGCUCAAUCUGAGAGUCCACAACGAACAGCAGCAGGUCAGCGCCCAGGGCAACCUCCCAGGGAGUCAUCAAGCUAUCAUUCCGGGGCACCACCAGCUGGAGGAGCCAUCGCCCUACGACUCGCCCUGGCUGCCAUCCAAGUGGCGGCCAACGACAGCCAGUAGCCUGCCCCUUGGAGUCACCUCAUCAUCGCCACGACCGCUGCCCCUGCACCAAUAUCUGCGAGGCAGCGGCAGCAGUGGAAAUCGGCUCGAGCAGGACACGGCCAAGCGACGACGUUACGACUGGCCCCACAAGUGAGGACCGGCUGAAGCCCCAGCUGAACCGAGCCGAAUGCUCAACUAAAUUUAUUUAUUCCAUUUAUAGAUUUGCAUAACACACUGAAUCACCCAAAACACACACUCGUACGAGUUUACACACAGAUA